AUGAAGCGGCAGAAUGUGCGCACGCUGGCGCUCAUCAUGUGCACCUUCACCUACCUGCUGGUGGGCGCCGCCGUCUUCGACGCGCUCGAGUCCGAGGGGGAGACGGCGGAGAGGAGGCGGCUGGAGGCGCGCAGCCAGGAGCUGCGGAGCAAGUACAACCUGAGCGCCGCCGGCUUCCGCGAGCUCGAGUGGGUCGUGCUCAAGCUGAAGCCGCACAAGGCCGGCGUGCAGUGGAAAUUCGCCGGCUCCUUCUACUUCGCCAUCACCGUCAUCACCACCAUAGGGUACGGCCACGCAGCCCCCAGCACGGACGGCGGGAAGGUUUUCUGCAUGGUCUACGCCCUGCUGGGCAUCCCCCUCACCCUCGUCAUGUUCCAGAGCCUGGGCGAGCGCAUCAACACCUUCGUCCGGUACCUCCUGCACCGCGUCAAGAAGUGCCUGGGCAUGAGGCGCGCCGAGGUCUCCAUGGCCAACAUGGUCACCAUCGGCUUCUUCUCCUGCAUCAGCACGCUGUGCAUCGGGGCGGCCGCCUUCUCCUACUACGAGCACUGGAGCUUCUUCCACGCCUACUACUACUGCUUCAUCACCCUCACCACCAUCGGCUUCGGGGACUACGUGGCGCUGCAGAAGGACGAGGCCCUGCAGAACAAGCCGCAGUACGUGGCCUUCAGCUUCGUCUACAUCCUGACGGGGCUGACGGUCAUCGGGGCCUUCCUCAACCUGGUGGUGCUGCGCUUCAUGACCAUGAACGCCGAGGACGAGAAGCGGGACGCCGAGCACCGGGCGCUGCUCACCCGCGGCGGGCAGGCGGGCGGCGGGCACGGCGCCGACACCGCCCCGGGCGCCCCGGUGGCCUCGGCGGCCUCAUCGGGGGGCGUCGGGUUGGGGGGCAGCGGUGGGGGGCUGCGCAACGUCUACGCCGAGGUGCUCCACUUCCAGUCCAUGUGCUCGUGCCUGUGGUACAAGAGCCGGGAGAAGCUGCAGUACUCCAUCCCCAUGAUCAUCCCCCGGGACCUGUCCACCUCGGACACCUGCGUGGAGCAGAGCCACUCCUCGCCGGGACGCUGCCCCGAGACCCCUUCCAACCGCUGCUUCUGCGGCGCCCGGCGCUCGGCCAUCAGCUCCGUCUCCACCGGCCUCCACAGCCUCUCGGCCUUCCAGGGCCUCGUGAAGCGCCGCAGCUCCGUGUAG